GUCUACAUAUGCAGAUCGAGCUUUCGACAACUCGAGUGCACAUUUGCAGAGGGUCUGCAAUUCUCCAAAUCCAUAAAAUGGAUGUCAACUCCUCUGUCUACAGAUAUGGAGUGUGCCCGUGGAGUCCGAGGAGUCAUGAUGGGGCCCAGGUUGAAUGGAAGAGCACAGGGCAGGGUUCGCUGAUUGAAAACCAGCUGAUUUUAACGUGUACUGACUCUCCUUCUUCACUGCAGGCAGUUACGUCUCCAUCUUUCAGACCAUUUUUUUCCCCAGGUGGAGAGUACGUCCAUCCACCACUUUCCAUGGCCUCGCGACAAACGCUGAUGGAAGUCCCUCAGAACGCGAUCUCAGAUCAUAUUGGGAACUCUUUUCUCUCGGCUCCUAAGGGCAUUUUGGACAUUUCUUCCACACAAACAGUGGGCAACACUUCCAAGGAUAGCUUGACACUGGAUGGGAGAUGGACGAAGAGUUUGCAGAUAUCUCCAGACGUCAAUUUCCACAUCCCAAUGGGCAUACAGAAGGCUAAGGAUACUCUAUCUCGAAAUGUUAUCUCAGACUUAUGCAGUGGGCCCACGAGUAACCAGGGAGCCGUCAUCCAUGCUCCCUCUAGCUACGAGAUGGCUCUGAGCAAUUACAGAAACCAUUAUGUCAACUGUCUUCCUGUCAAUUGCAUGAGAGCCAGACGAGGAUGUGCAACGAACCCACGGAGUAUAGCAGAGAGACUGAGGAGGAUUCGCAUCACUGAACGUCUGCGCAAACUUCAGGCUCUCCUGCCGCAUCCUCGCUUGUCAACGCAUAACAAAGAUACAGCUUACAUGUUGGACGAGAUAAUUGACUAUAUUGAAUAUCUUCAGCGUGAAGUAGAGAUUCUGAAAGCAAGAAAGUGUUCUUGCGAUGUUGAGGAUACAUUCGACGACUCUCAAUAGGCAGCUAGCUGCCUGGAAGUUGUGUCUUUGAUGGUGUGGUCGUUUGAUCAGAACACCCGUGCACAUUUAACUUGACGCAUCCUUGGCAUGUCGUUAAUCACGAAUAUGGAGAGGUGCAAAGAUUUGUCCACACUUUGCGAUGAGAUCGGUAUUAAGCUCAAAACCUACGACUCUUUAAGAUGAAACUCAUGCAAGCGAGGCACUUUGUGUAUGCUAUGAAUCAUCUCUGGCUCCAAGAUUUUUUAGCAUAAAUUGUUCUCAAACCUUGGAUAAGCGAUGGACGCAAUAGAGGCCUAUCGAGUGUGGGGAUUAGAGAAGAGCAACUUCCUCAUUUCGGAGUUGAAUGCAAACAACCAUUUA